CACCAUCAGCCAAAUUGAAUCUGCUGUGUUGUAUAACGACACUAUCUCAUCUUUUCAAGCCAUUUUUAAAUCCAGGAAGGGAUAGUGAGCGGCGCAGUCUAAUCAUGGGCUCUGACGGGAUCGUUCCCUCUAACAUGGAUGAGCUCUUGGAGGGUGGCGGGGCGCUGGGUAGGCUUUUGAGGGAAGAUGGAGGAAGCAUGGUGGACGCCAUCGUGAAACUGGUUCAUCAAACCGGAGGAGCAGUCCUCGAGCCACGGCCAGACGGAGCCUCUCUCCUUCACCGCUUUGCUCUCUUGGGGCUCUACGACGGGGUGAAGGCUCUUUGGGAGAGAGGGGCCAAGCCGUCCAUUCUUUUAUCGGAUGAUUCUACUCUCCUCCAUUCUGCUGUGCGAGCCGGGGACCCAUCUCAGGACCAACAAAGAGCCAACAUACUCGCGCUCUUCCUCAACGGGUCUAGCCGCGGGGUUUCCUUCUCUGUUGACAAGAGGAACUCCAAAGGUUGGACUGCACUCAAACUCGCUGCCAGGAAAGGUCUAGAGCGCUCGGUGGAGACCUUGCUGGAGCAUGGAGCUGAUCCAAACGUGCCAGACAAUGAGAGCUACCUUCCUCUCCACAACUCUGUCUCUCAUCAUGCCAUACUCAAGCUGCUCGUCUCUUCGCGUCAUCCUCAGAACAUCAACGCUCAAACGGAGAAAGGAGAGACCCCACUUUAUCUUUCAGUCGAGAGCGGAAACGUUGAAUCAGCUGUUACACUCCUAGAGCACCAGGCUGACCCUAACAUCACUAACAGAGAAGGCAUCAGUCCUUUAUUUCUUGCUGCUAGAGGAGGCAACGUUGACCUUGUCCGUGUCCUAUUAAAGAACAAUGCUCACGUUAAUGUGACCGGUGCCUCUCAGAACAUUGCUCCCCUGCACUGGGCAGCACACAAAGAGUUCACUGAGAUUGCUCUCCUACUCAUUGAGUAUGGAGCUGAUGUACAAUUGAAGGAUAAAGAAGGACGGACUCCCAUUGGGCUUGCAGCCCCUGAACUAGCUUCAAGAAUGUUAGAACUGGCGAGAAGACGUAAUCCACACCUAUCAGUUAGCCCGUUGAGCAGUCAGCCAGUCAUCAGUGCUCAGGAUAAAGCCUUCAAUGCUUGUGGUAGUGGCAAUGUCCAGGCACUGCAGGCUCUAUUACAAGCUGGACUUAAUGUCAACCUCACUAAAGAUGGGACCUCAACUACGCUCCUUCAUCUAGGGGCCUACUGUGGACAAGCUGGUAUUGUUGCUAUGCUGCUCAACAACGGAGCAAACUGGCAGUUGGUCGACAAAGAUGGAGACACUGUCCUUCAUUAUGCCUGCAUGAACAAAUCCCCCGAAGGACAGGGAAACCAUGUCUCGACUCUCUCUUACCUUCUCUCCACUCCUUGUGGUACUUUGAUCAAUGCUCAGAACAGCAGAGGCGAUACACCACUCCUGGUCACCAUCAGGUGUUGCUAUUUUGAUCGGGCAAGGAUUCUAUUGAAACACAAUGCUGAUACAACCAUUAGGAAUGCCAAGAAUGAGCUACCGCUGCAUAGAGCAUGUUGUGGGGACUGUAAUAUUGGGAUUGUGCUUCAAUUGGCUGAAGUCUUUACUGACCUUGACCUCAGGGACAAAGAUGGUUGGACUCCAUUAAUGUUUGCAGCUCGCUCAAAGUCCCCAGCCAUUGUUCACUAUUUGCUGCAAAGAGGGGUUGACCCUAAUCAUCAGCAAUCUGUGGGUCUCACUGCACUACAUUUAGCUGUACAGGAGAACCAGUUGGAUAUAUGCCAGCUAUUAUUGAAAUACAAAGCUAAUCCUAAUAUACCAGGAGGACCGCAAUUAUUGACACCACUUCAUAUUGCUGCACACAAGUCAUUUAAGGAUAUUUGCCUGCUCUUGUCUGAUAAUGGAGCAGAUAUUUCUAUACAGGAUAAAGAUGGAGACACUCCUCUGGCCCUGACCAAUGACCCGUCAAUAAAGGAAUCCAUUACAAGUGCCCAUGUCACUUAUGAGGACAGGAUGAGAGAGAGAAGCAACAGUCAUCCGACCACGCCCCCUCCCUGCAUGCUCUACAGCUUAUUCAGACGAGACAGCAAAAAAGAAAAAUAUGAAGAGACCAACUGUCGCUGCCAGGACAUGGUAACAGAGAAAGAAGAGUGUCUCAAGGAACUCGUCAUAAAAAUAAAAACCCUUCAGGGUGAAAACGAGUAUGUUCACUCUCGACUCAAGUCCUGCGAAGAUGAACUUAAGCAAAGGGAACUCUCGGAUAAAAUGUGUGGGCUUGAUUUAUGGGAUGAGGAGGAGGAGGAGGGAGGAGGAGGAGAAGAAGCAGGAAAUAAAGUGUCCUCUAAACCCUGGUGGCUUGUCGGAGAGCACGAGAUAAAGAUAUCCGACGAAGCUAUUAAUAAUAAUUGGGAGAGUUUUCAAAAGUUCUUCGACGUUUAUUUGGGUACCUUUAGAUCGAUUGAUGUCGUUGUGAAGAAGAUAAAUCGUCCACCUGACGUCUGGGAGUGCUGCACUAGGAAGACUUUCCAAAAAGAAGUAGAGCAAUUGAGUCGACUGCAGUGUCCCUAUGUAGUUCAAUUCAUGGGAGCUAUCAUGGUCCCUAGUUCAGGACUUUACUGUCUAGUGAUGGAAUAUAUGCCCAACAAUGACCUCCAUACUCUCAUGCACGUUAAGAAGACACAGCUCAGUAAACUGGAAAAGACACAAAUAAUCAGAGAUAUAGCGGCUGGUAUGGCUUAUCUCCACUCAUUCCCCAUCAUACACAGAAACCUCAUUCCCAGUAAUGUACUGAUCGGCGAGAAGAUGAACGCAAAGGUCUCGGACUUUGGACUGUACAACACUAAAGUCCAAACUAACUUCUACGCUGACUUGCGCAAGCUUUGCCUGAAAGAUGGUAACAAGAGACCUUACUACAGAGCACCUGAAAUCAUUGAGAAGAAUGAUUUCUCCACUGCUAGUGAUGUCUACUCAUUUGGCAUCAUGCUUCAUGAGUUGGCCACUCAGAAAAGGCCAUUUUCCGAUGUAGACCCUUGCUCCAAUGCCAUGGUGUGGGUCAUGAAACUGCUGAUGGGAGCAAGGCCAGUCAUACCAUCAUAUCUUGAGCCAUCCUGCAAACAAAUGAUGGCAAGACUGUGGCACGCUGAUCCCUCAAUGAGGCCGACUUUUAAAGAAUUUCUUGUCAAAUGUGAAGAAAAACUUAAAGCAGAGAAAGAAGCAGCUCGAGCUGCUACUGCUCAAACUGCACAAGAAGGAUCGGAAUGAUUUUAAUGUAUUAAUAAUGUAAUAUAUUAUAAUUUUGUUCUAUAACAAAGAAGUGUAUUAUCAUUUUUUUGAUAAAUAAUUGUUUUUGUAUAAAGUUGUGUUUUCUAUUAAUAAAUGUAUAUACUCUGUGCAAUCAACAAACUUAA